GGCUCCAACGAAGCCUUCAAGGCAGCGCUGCCUGGAAGGCACUCCACGUGCCCCGAGCGUUUCAGCCAAUCACAGCACUGGUGCAAGAUAUCGAGCCUUCUGCUAGCUUCUGGCAGUUCGAGCUCACCGUUGGUCAGGUGAGUAGCGCAGAUAUGGUAAGAUAGGAAUGUGACUGAAUUUGAAUUUAGCUCCAAAUGUUUUAAGCAUUUAAGUGACAUGUUUCCACGUGUCUGUGAAACAACUUUCUUUUUUGUGCCAGUUUCAUGUGUUGGUUGUGAUUAGCUGAAACGCUCGGGGCACGUGGAGUGCCUUUCAGACAGGGCUGCUUUGAAGGCUUUGUUGAGGGCUUAAAACACCAACGAGCCAGGAGCUCACCUCCUGCUGAAAAACUGUGCUAAUAAGCAAAUCCAGGUGAUUGGAACAAAAUUCUGGAGAGGACUUUUACUCUUGGCACAUGGAUUACCCACCUCUGGUUAAAAAUGAUUUUCAUGUUGGGAUGUCUUUGAAGUUUACUAACACAGGUUCAGAUCAGCCAUCUGCACAUCUGCCCUCACCCUGUUUAUAUAUCAAAUGAAUUAUUAAUCUAUUGAUUGUGAAUAAGUUUGUGUUACUUGCAGAUUGGCUUUUUGAAAUAAAAUAUCUCAAAGUAACCUUACUCAAAAUUUCCAAAGAAUCAUUACACUUUGUUUUAAGUUUAUGUCAGCAGUUUUAGCAAUGAUAUAAAGAGAAGUGUAUUGUGGCUUAUGGAAAAGGGAAGUUUGUACUUUCAAAGUUAACUGAUGGUCCUGAUCAUCCACAGCACCCAGCCUUCAGUUUGUCUUCUUUAUCUCACUCAUGCUUCAUAAAUUUCAGCAAAAAAUAAAAAAACACCAACAAAUGAGAUUGAAUCAGUGUGUUAAAUAAAGGACACAAACAGUGUGCAGGCAUAAAGAACGUUUAGGUUACUCACGUAACCAUGGUUCCCUGAAAUAAUGGGAACAAGCAUUGCAUCAGUUUGCUGACGCUAUGGGGGAAACUCCUGUUUACUCCGUGACUGAAGCCUAUUGUUUAACGUCUGUUAAAAUUACAGACCAAUGGUGUUCGAACCCGCGAUAGGGCAGGGCAUAUGCUCCAUAUUACAUGGAUUAGAACGCCAUUUUCACAUCUUAUUCGACUGAAGUGCGAAGCCGAAAAAAGUUCCCUGCGACAAAUGUAUAGCACAGCCAGCAAUGCAAUGCUUGUUCCCGUUAUUUCAGGGAACCAUGGUUACGUGAGUAACCUAAACCUUCGCUUUGAAUACGGUUCACUUCGCAUUGCAUCAGUUUGCUGACGCUAUGAAGGAAGAUCAUCCCAUCACACCGUGCAUAUACAACGGUUUAAAGUGCCCUACUGGAGAGACGCCAAAUGGGGCCCGAUUACCAGUCUAAACACAGCUUCAUGCUGAUGCCUGAGUAAAAGUACCAUAAAAACAUAAUAACAUGCAUACGGGGGAAUCCUUUAACACACCACGAUGCAACAUACAUUAUAGUAAUAUACAAGCGGCGGGUUCGAAGAUCUUUAAUAACUUUUAUUUGAAAACAUCUUUGAUGCCCAGAUGUCAACAUUAAAUUAUAAGAAUGGCUAGUCAACUGAAUAUUUUGUGUUUGAGAUGCCAGUCCCCAACAUAAGAUUCAUCAAAAUAAUCAGCUUCCUGCUGGUCUAAACUGGUCAUUUUAGGAACAGUGUAAAUAAUCUUUAGGUUGACUACAUGCACUGCACACUCCACAAUACCGUAUGUAGGUUAAUGAUGCCACAUCCUGUUAAAAGUUACACUAUAUAUAAUCACAGUGCACAUUAUUUUGAAAACCACAGAUCAUCUCUGGACAUAUUGAGCAAAUAAUGGCAUUUGAAACCUUUUAUGAAAAUAUUCAACACAGAAAUGCUAACAGGAGCACAUCUGAAUCUCGAACAUCGAGUCAGAACCGGACUGGAGCUCAGAACCGAGGAAGAAGCAGAUGGUUUGUGCCGAUCACGGUGUUACUUGGGCUCAUAUGUGUUCUUCUGGUGGCCGCCCUUAUAGUGCUGUAUAUCCAUUUCACAUCAGAGAGAGACCUGAUGAAGAUGAGCUACAUGGACAUAUUUAAAGAAUAUAAUGAAACUCUGAAUGGCCUGAAGAUGAAUUACAGUCAACUGACCGAAGAAAGAGAAGAACUACAGAACAGAUUUAACUUUAUGAGUCAAAAGAAACUGGAGUUCGAGACCAAAGUCAAGAAUUUGAAUUAUGCACUAAUGAAGAAAUCAGGGUCAAGCUGGUACUACAUAUCCAGUGAGGAGAAGAGUUGGUCUGAUAGCAGGCAGUUCUGCAGGGAUCGUGGUGGAGAUCUGAUUAUUAUCAACACUGAAGAAGAACAGAGAUACAUAUCUUCAAUCGCCACAGACAUAGUAUGGAUUGGUUUGUCUGACAUAGCAGAGGAAGGAAAGAUGAAAUGGGUGGAUAAUACACCCCUGUAUAAAGGGUUUUGGGUUGAAAACGAGCCAAAUAAUUACUUUGGAAGGGAAGACUGUGUUGAACUGAAUCCUUCAAAACCUGUCCUAAACAACUGGAAUGAUCUUCCAUGCACAAACACAAGAAAAUGGAUUUGUGAGAAAUAGGGUUCUUCCUUCUUUUGAUUUCAAGCAGCUAUAAAGUCGUUGUUGCCUUCACUUUCGUUUCUGAUUUAUGUUUCUUUUAAAACAUUGGCAGCUCAAUAACUGUAUCACAUUAUUUUGAUUAUCCACUUUAGAGUAAAAUUAAAAGUGUUUGGGAACUAAAUGUAAAUUUUAUUCUUUUAGACAAAAUAAACAUAUACAAUCACUGAUUACUUGUCAACUAACUGAUAAACAUCUCGACUCCUGACUUCCAUUAAAGAGGAAUUUAUCCACCAUUAUCACCAUAAUGGUGGAUUGUUGAAAUUAAAACUCUAAAUUGUGUUGUCAAUUGUUCUCUCUCUCUCUCUCUCUCUCUCUCUCUCUCUCUCUCUCUCUCUCUCUCUCUCUCUCUCUCUCUCUCUCUCUCUCUCUCUCUCUCUCUCUCUCUCUCUCUCUCUCUUUCCUUGUUUCAUGGUUGGAUAGUGCAUAUUAUUUAAAAAUUGCAAACAUUUAAAAUAGUAAGUUAAAAUGACUUAUAAAUGUAAUUUGAUUAUACUUAAUUUUUUUUUACAGUUUACAGUUGAUAACAAUACACCGCCACCACAGUGGUGUAAUGCUUUAAAUGCAGACUGUUUCAAAGAUCAAAAAGUGCAACAACUGGAUAAACCCAGUAUUGUUUUAAACAUCUUUUGUUUGUUAAAGAUGCUUUUCAUGUUGGGACGUCUGCAAAGUUUAUUAACUCCAGUCAGGUUCAGAUCAGCCGUCUUUACAUCUACCCUCACACUGUUUCUCUAAUGAAUUAUUAAUCUAUUGAAAAGUUUGUGUAACUUUCAGAUGGACUUUUUGAAAUAAAAUAUCUCAAAGUAACCUUACUCAGAAUUUCCAAAGGAUCAUUACACUUUGUUUUAAGUUUAUGUCAGCAGUUUUAGCAAUGAUAUAAAGAGAAGUGUAUUGUGGCUUAUGGAAAGGGAAGUUUGUACUUUCAAAGUUCACUGAUGGUUCUGAUCAUCCACAGCACCCGGCCUUCAGUUUGUCUUCUUUAU